AUGACAAUCACUGCCGACGAAGCUCAUGAAUCCUCUACCGUCGGAUUGAACAAGAAGCAAAAGCAAUUGUUUGAUCUCGUAAAACCAUAUCUCUUCAUAUUUGAGAUGAUAUGUGCUUUUGAAGUUGUUCUUCUUGUAUUUGUAUUACUUUCAGCCAUCACAACAUUUUUUGAUUCAUUACCAAAACUGGACAAACAAGAUCACGAUUGUUCGAGCAACAGUAUUUAUUACAUAAUUUUAUCAAUGGGAAUUAUGGGAUUAGUUGAGAUGAUCUUACUUGCAAGCACGUUUCAAUUGUCAGCUUUAGAAGAAAAACCACUCUUGAAAAACGAACUUCGAAAAACUGCAGGAUCAGGCAUUACGAAUUUCUUCACCAUUACUUGUUUUAUUAUUCGUUUGGCUUUGAUCAUUGCAAGUACGUCGAUUAUUGAGGCACCUGCAUGCUCUAAAACUACCAUUUACACGACUGACCUGCAUUACUUUGUCAUUUGUAUGUGGCUCUUUUGGUCCUUCUCUGCUCUUCUCAUGAUUCCAAAGGCGUACACAUUUAUCAAAUCAAGAAGUAUCACGAGAGAAUUUUACAAACACACAGAAGCAAGUAAUACUUUGGAGGUUCACCUCACCGAUGAUGAAGAAGAAUUAUUGACCAACAACAAGUAA